ACAACUGGGCGGGGCGUUGAGCUCUGAGCGCGGCCGGCGACUCCCGUCAGCUCUGCCCCCCCUGAGCUCUGGGCUCCUGUCUACACACGCGGUGUUUUCCUUAACACGUCGCGGGGAGCAUAUGUUGCUUUUAUAAUUUAAAAAGAUGCAUCUUUUAGAAAAUCACCCAGUCAGGUUUUUCGAAGCUUAUACAAAUUCAUUCGUGGUUGCUCCUGGAAAUGGGACUCUGUAAGUGGGCAUGGAAACAGUUCAGCAAAAGCUCUCCUGAAUCUGGUUUGGAUUAGGGAAGCAAAGAAGAUGAGGAUGACAACAAGAAUCACAGGUUAUCAACAGCCAAUGGGACCACAGGGACUGCAGAGCAGAGCACUCUUGCCUCCCAUGCCCACCGUGGCUGGACGUCCGCAUCUGCGCAGUGUGGACACUCCCUUUUCCUGGUGCUCCUGGUGUUCAUCCUGAACUUCCCUGGCCUUCGGACCUUCUCCAUGCUGGCCAGCGCUCUCCUGCUCGGAAUCCUCGUCCUCAUCUUCCAGCAGCUCUCCAAGGUUUUGCCUCUGGAGAACAAGAUGCAGAGCCACACUCAGUUCCCACUCAUCCUCCGUGGAAGGAUGUUCGACAUCACCACCCUGGACAUAGCCCUGGGCUACCUCAAGUUUGGGGCCACCACCCAGGUUGCACCAGUCUGUCAAGUUCCUCUCCUUGGGGAGUAUCUGCCUCAGACGCCUGCAGGACACACAACUGUGGAGAUCAUGUGCCCUUCACUGAAGCUCUGGGCCUUCACAGUAGACCCAGGCACCCUCACUGCUGUGAUCUGUCUGACACAAGUGCAGGACGAGAGCCCGUCCUGAAAGGGGAACUGCAGGGAAGAGACAGUACAGCAGAGGUAUCUACUACAUGUGGGACACGACACUCAGAAUGGAAAGGAAUGCAGAGCUCACCACCAACACACAGCCCCGCUCCCCCUAGAGCUGAUCGUCUCCUGCUCUGAUGGGAUGUGAGUACUCAGUAGACUUCUCACGCCUCUUUUUCUUCCAGCACUUUAUCAGA